AUGAGCUCGAGGUAUCCGACCGACUUACUACGCCCCGACCCUGAUUCCAUACAUAUCUGGAGGGAAAUCUCUCGUUCACAGGCUUCUUCAGUGUUUGAGAUAGAGCUUCAUGGCAACCGAUAUGCAAUGAAACUUUUUCAUGACAAUGGUGACCCAGGAUUUACGAAGAAAGGCCGUGACCUCAAUCGUUUUCGAUGCGAAUUGAAUGCUUACAGAAACCUUCAUGCCUUUGGUGUAUGUGAGCGUGGCUUUGUACCCCGCUACUAUGGUUAUAUCGACCGACUUGAAAUCCGAGCUCCACAGCUUAAUGCUUUCGCCAACGACAGAUACAGACCGAAGGCGAUUUUGCUUGAAUAUUUAUCCGGCGCAGAAGCACUGAACUGCGUAAAUUACUCAACUCAUCGCUUCCGUAAGGCGAUGAUCGGCAUGAAAGCGAUUCAUAGCGCCCUAAUCCACCACAAUGAUAUCUAUCCCAAAAACAUCCUAAUUGUUCCCAGUACCCCGGAAAGGGUGGUAUGGAUAGAUUUUGACGUCGCAACAACGUUUCCUCAUCGUGAAUCAAUGGGUUGCCAAGAAUUAAAAUACUGCGAUUAUGAGGAUGCGCUUGUUGCAAGCUUUGGGGAGCUUUUGCAAGACGAUCAAAACCAGGGUCUUCCUCCCAACACAAAAUACUACUAG